AUGGAUAAGACAAAUGACAUCGAUAACAAAAAUAAAGAUGAAAUCAAUGAAGAUAAAAUGGACGGAGAGAGUAGACAUGAAAAAGAUAACGCGAACGAGGAAAAGAAAGAUGGAAAACAGCAUAAAAGUCAGAAUAAGAAACAUAAGGUCGUCAAUCUUCGAAAGAAGGAUCGAGAUAAGAAUGAUGACUUUAAAUCAAUCUUACAUGAUGCUCUCGAUCUAGAGAAAGUCGAUACAACGGACAAGAGUAGUAAUGGCAUCAAUAAAAAUGAAAAUAAAAAACCUGCAAACAAAGACAGUUAUAAGAUAGAUGACUUUGAGAAUGAUGGCGAUUUGAAGCACAAUAUUAAUGAUAAAAUUAAAGAUGAUGUUACAAAAAAUAUCAAUGACGAUAAUAAUGAAGAAAAUAAUAAUGAAAAAAACACUAAUAGUGACAACGACAGUGAGAACAAAAAAAAAGACGAAAAGAAUGACCGCCAUGAAAAAAAUGAAGAAAAUAAUAAUCACGUGAGUGAAAAGGAAAAUAAUUCUGAGAUGAAAGAACAAGAAGAUCCUGGCAGCGCAAAAGUCAACGAUGUUGAAGUAAAUAAAGAUUUGAGAUUUUCAGGGAACUCUGGUGAUGAAGAGGUUAAUAAUAAUAAAGAUGACAUUUUGAGUAAAGACAAAUUGAAAGAUUAUGUCAAGAAUAAAGAUGAAGGAGAUAAUGCCUUUAAUGAUAAAGAUGAUGAAAACUUGCCAAGAAAACCUGCCAAGGUUGUGAAGAAUGAUCAUGUUGAAGAGGUUAAUGGUUUAGAUCACGUUUCUUCUUCAGCUAUAACCGAGGAGGGCUCUGUUGAAGGCAAGUCGGGUUCCGGAACGAAUGAAAAGAUUCAUGAUUCUGGUGAGCGAGCUGUAGCUGACUCGCUGGCGGCUUCGAGCAGUGUCGUAGAGGCGAUAAAAAAGGCAGAAAUGCUUGCGAGAAAGGCGCACGCUACUUUGUCGCCAAAGAAAGUUGACCUGCCAGCAAAAAAAAGUGAAGAGUCUCCUGAGGGUUCUGGUUUUGAAGAAAAUGAUGAUUUGAAUGAGAACGACACAAAAGAAUCAUCUUCAGAGAUCAACUCUUCUACCGAAAAUAAUGUUUCCGAAAACGAUGUGUUGAUGGAUAAACUGAAUAAAAAAACAAAAAAGAAGAAUGAUUUAUAUGAAAAACCCGAUGUUGAAGUGGAAACUGCAGACGAUAAUGACAAUGAAGAUGCGUCUGGUUCUGGAAAUAUCGAGUUUGGAUCUGGUGAUCUUUCUGAAGAUGAUGAAGAUGACAUGAGCGAUGAUGAUGACGAGAGUUCCUUCAAAUGGCCAAAAUUCGGUGACGAAGUAACACAGGAAAUGCUAGACCACUUUAUGAUUGCCCAGCUUUUAGAGCAAAACCUUACUUUGUUUUACGGGGGUCUUACUGGUCGACCUGGGCCACCGGGUCAUAAGGGUCCUCAGGGGCCAACUGGUGAUGUUGGUCCAGAAGGACCUCUUGGACCACUUGGUUAUAUGGGUGAAAUAGGAGCUCCUGGUGAACAAGGGGAAGUCGGACCUCGUGGACCAGAAGGUGACCAGGGCGCACAAGGUGAAAAAGGUAAGCCUGGUCUACCUGGUCUGCACGGUCUCCCAGGUGAGCCUGGUAAACCAGGUGGAAGAGGGAAAUCUGGGGCAGCUGGACCAGCAGGACCGGGAACGGAGCUUCCGAGCUGUUUGUAUUUAUGCGAGGGUGAGAAGGCAUGGCUUCAGUGUCAGCAAUUUGAGUUGCUUCGAAUCAAGCGAGUUUACUGGGGCCGAGAUAAUGGGAAAAUGUGUCCCAAGAUUCCGCUUGGCCUCAGUGGAGACGCAUGCGACGCUGACCAAGAAAACGCAUUUGACAAAGUUGAGCAGCAAUGUCGACAUGAUCAAGCGUGUGAAGUUGUGGCAUCAAACGUGUUCUUUGACGACAGCACAUGUAAAAAUACUUAUAAAUUCCUUAAAAUUUGUUAUGAUUGCAUUCCUGACUCGUUGGCCAACCGAGCAGAGCUGUUGCGCACAACACGCGAACGCCGAAAGAGAGGAAAACGUGGAGAAUUUGGAAACCAGGGAAAAUUCAAGGGGAUGACGUCACGGCAGAUACAGGAAGAGCGAUUGAUGGAUACCUUAUUUGAACACCCAAUUAAAGCAAGAUUGUUGUAGCUCGUUCCUCGCGAUGACCAAGAGGACAUUUACAGCAGUUUUAAAGAUAAAUACAACGACUUGAUUGGUUCGGAUGAAUAUCACGACCAUUAUGAACCAAUACUAUUUUCAUUUAAACAUGAAAAACAUCCAUUGAACUACGAUGUUUGCUAUCAAUAAAAAAAUAUGUUUCUUAA